AUGUCUGACACGACUGGAAAGACAAUCACCUGCAAGGCAGCAGUUGCCUGGGAAGCUGGCAAGGACCUCACCGUUGAGGAUGUCGAGGUUGCACCACCCAAGGCACACGAGGUUCGCAUCCAGAUCUACUACACUGGUGUUUGCCAUACCGAUGCCUAUACACUGUCAGGAAAGGACCCCGAAGGUGCUUUCCCCAUUGUCCUUGGUCAUGAGGGUGCCGGUAUCGUCGAGUCCAUCGGCGAAGGCGUCACAAACGUAAAGGUCGGCGACCACGUCGUUGCACUAUACACACCAGAAUGCAAGGAAUGCAAAUUCUGCAAGUCUGGCAAGACGAACCUCUGCGGCAAGAUCCGCGCUACACAGGGCAAGGGUCUCAUGCCCGACGGUACCUCGCGCUUCAAGUGCAAGGGCAAGGACCUCCUCCAUUUCAUGGGCACAUCCACAUUCUCCCAGUACACCGUCGUAGCCGAUAUCUCCGUCGUCGCCAUCACCGAGAAGGCCCCCAUGGACCGUACUUGCUUGCUGGGCUGUGGUAUCACUACCGGUUACGGCGCCGCCGUCAUCACCGCUGGCAAGGGCGGUGUAGAGGAGGGCUCUAAUGUCGCCGUCUUUGGUGCUGGCUGCGUCGGUCUCUCUGUCAUCCAAGGUGCUGCUAAGAACAAGGCUGGCAUGAUUAUUGUCGUCGACGUCAACGACGCAAAGGAAGAGUGGGCCAGGAAAUUCGGCGCAACACACUUUGUCAACCCCACCAAGCUCGGCAAGCAGAGCAUCCAGGAGAAGCUCAUUGAGAUGACCGACGGCGGCUGCGACUACACCUUUGACUGCACGGGUAACGUCAAUGUCAUGCGCGCCGCGCUCGAGGCCUGCCACAAGGGCUGGGGAGAAUCCAUCAUCAUCGGUGUCGCGGCCGCUGGCCAAGAAAUCGCAACCCGUCCCUUCCAGCUCGUUACCGGCCGUGUAUGGAAAGGCUGCGCGUUUGGCGGUGUCAAGGGCCGCUCGCAGCUACCCGGUCUCGUCGACGACUACCUCAAUGGUGACCUCAAGGUUGACGAAUUCAUCACCCAUCGCCAGCCGCUCGACAAGAUCAACCAGGCCUUUGCCGACAUGAAGGCAGGCGACUGCAUCCGUUGUGUCGUCAACAUGCGCGAAUAA